UUCAUUUACAUCCACAAAACCCAAUUUUAUGGUGAAAGAGAGAGAAGAAAGGGGAUUGCUGUCAGAACCUGUGAAUAGGAUGGCAAUGGAGGUUGAACAGGUUGUUCGAAGAGCUUCUGAAGUUGUUCGAAAGCAGAAGAUUGGAUCGAGAAGUAUAGAGGAAUCGAGAAAGAUGUGGGUCAUAGCUGGACCGGCUAUCUUGACUUCGGUUGCUCAAUUCUCCAUUGGGUUCGUCACUUCGGCCUUUGUCGGUCAUCUUGGCGAGCUCGAACUUGCUGCCGUUUCUGUUGUUCAGAAUGUCAUUGAAGGUUUUGUUUAUGGGAUCAUGCUAGGAAUGGGAAGUGCACUUGAAACCCUUUGUGGGCAAGCAGUUGGGGCAGGGCAAUUCAACAUGCUUGGAAUCUACAUGCAAAGAUCAUUCAUAAUAACAUUAUUCACAGCUCUUCUACUAACUCCUAUUUACGUCCUCACAUCGCCGUUACUCCAACUUUUACGACAAGACAAAGACAUUUCUCGACUCGCUGGAAAAUACGCGGUUUGGACCACGCCCCAAUUGUUCGCGUACGCUCUCAAUUUUCCGAUUCAAAAAUUUCUUCAAGCUCAAAGCAAGAUCUGGGUGAUGACCACAAUUUCUAUGUUGGCAUUGGCAUUACAUGUUUUGCUUAAUUGGUUGUUGAUAACUGAGAUGGGUAAGGGCUUGUUUGGUGCUGCCUUGGCUGGUAAUAUUUCUUGGUGGCUUGUUGUUUUGGCACAAAUGAUUUAUGUUACAUGUGGUUAUUUCCCUGAGGCUUGGACCGGGUUUUCUUGGUUGGCUUUUAAAUCUUUGGGUUCUUUUAUCAAGCUUUCAAUUGCCUCUGCUGUAAUGUUAUGCUUGGAGCUAUGGUAUUACACUGUGAUUAUUCUCAUGGUGGGUUGGCUAAAGAAUCCAGAAGUAGCUGUCAGUGCCAUUUCAAUCUGCAUGAACAUACAACUAUGGACACUGAUGGUCACACUAGGUUUCAAUGCUGCAGUCAGCGUGAGAGUUUCGAACGAGCUAGGAGCUGGGCGUCCAAAACCGGCUAAAUUCUCUGUAGUGGUGGCGGUUUUUACAUCUACAGUCUUUGGGAUAGUGUUUACUGCCGCGAUUAUAGCGACGAAGAACUACUUCCCCAACGUGUUCACAAGUGACGAAGAUGUGAAAAGAGAAACAUCGAAGUUGGGCUAUUAUUUGGCUGCAACUAUUCUCCUCAACAGCAUCCAACCAGUUCUUCAUGGGGUAGCAGUUGGAGCAGGGUGGCAACUUUCAGUUGCUUUAAUAAACACAGGAUGUUACUAUGUAUUUGGUCUUCCACUUGGUGCAUUACUUGGUUACAAAUUUCAGCUUGGAGUUUCUGGAAUUUGGCUUGGGAUGUUAGCUGGAUCUCUCCUUCAAACUAUUGUAUUGCUUUUCAGCAUUUUUAGAGCAAAUUGGCAGAAAGAGGCAUUGCAAGCCGAGGAACGUCUUCGAUCAUACGCAGCAACUCCACUUCCUCAAAAUGAAAAUGUAGCUAUGGGUAUGAUGUUACAUGAUGUUGAUGAUGAAUUGAAUUUUAGGAAUGGUUAAUUUGUGACAUUCAAUUCUAAAAGGAUAUAUGAUGAACAAACAAAGGGGUAUAGAACACUUGGAUAUAAGGGAGAUUAAGAUCCUUUUUUUUAUAUAGCAAAAAGGAUAUUAAUAAGGGCUCUUUAUUUCAUUCUUCAUUUUGUUUUUAAUUAUUUUUCUCUUUUUUAAUACUCAUAAUUAGUCAAUUUACAUGUUAAAUAUGAUCUGAUUAAUUGGAGCACUACAAGUUUUGAAAAUUAGCCUGUUUAACAACAA